AUGCGGCACUGUGUCACGUCCCCAAGUGCCCCACCACCAGAGUCAACAGACUCCGAGACUGACGGAAUACCAAGUAACUCGCCUAUACCCGAAUCGGGAAGCGUGGCCUGCCCCGAUUGCGGCGAAAGGUACUCCGGCCGCAGUGCACUAGCACAGCACCAGCGGCACCGGCAUCCACUCACCCGAAUCGAAGCUAGGGCAGCCGGUACACGGCGGUCUCCUCGACAGAGAAGAUUGGUAAUCUUCACUGAAGAGGAGGAAGGAAUAAUGAUGGAGUGCGAACUCCGGUACCGGGGUGAGUUGCGCAUAGCAAUGCGCAUGCAGGAGCUGAUACCAGAGAAAACUUUGAAACAACUCUGGGACAAAAGGGCCCAGAAAUGUUAUAAAGAACGACGAGACAAAUACUUCGCAGAAAGAGGGAUCAUAGCGGGCGCUAGUACUGAUGACAGUACUGAACCAUUAUCCACAGACACAGGAGAUGGUAGAGUUACCGUCCCCGAAGAAGAAGCGCCCGCAACCGCCAGCUGCGAGAGUAGGGGGUGGCUCCCCUAUUCCAGUCCCGGAGUUACUCGAUGUAUGAGCAGUAGCUGCCAUUGCAUUUUUUUCAUAAAAUGGGUGAGCUAUGAUUGUAGUUGAAAAUAUUGUAACAUCAAAUUUUAUUCAAUUACAUUGUCCUUUAAAUGGAUGUAUCUGUUGGGCAAUAAAUAUAUUAUUAUUAUUAUUAUUAUUAUUGCAGGGGGUGAAAAUAACGUUAAUAAUAUCACCCCCACCGCCGAAAACACAAGUCCGUCUCAGACGCCUGACAUGUCAGAGAGGGUACUGAAUGUCAGUGAAGAUGAGUUGGUAUUGCCAGCAGCUUCUCCAGAAGAGACACUUUGGAGACAGGAUGUUGCUCAGACUGCCCGUAGCUGCAAGUUGACUCGAGCGGCACAGUAA